GACUUUAAUCAACCAUUUUGUUACGUAUCGGCACGCAAUAAACGUUCCCAUUUUCACCAACUGGUGUUGUUUAUUUAGUCUGAAUGUAAAAUAAUUGAUUGAGAUUUCACACAGAUGGAAAAUAUUUUUGGCCAAGGCUGUAUAUGUUAUGCUGCUACACUGUACUUGAAUAAGUAAUAUUCAUUAUAGACGAUUGUUACUACUUAUUAGAUCAUCUUAUUCUCGUUAUGUUUAAUUUAAUACAUUGGUAAGAAGAGGAGGCAAAAUAAUGUGAACGUCUAUUAUUUUCAGUUGCUUCACCGUUGUAUGUUAACCACACAAAAUUGUGGACUAGUGAUUACAGGACAAUGUUACCUAUAUUCGACCUGAAAGUAUUGUAGGUGGAAAUGGUGUAAACGUUUCAUUUGGAAGCUUACUUUGGGUCAGGGUAUAGGUCAGGUUCCGCGAACAGAGCACGGUAUAAAUUAGGUCUGUAUCACAACAUGAAACUUUUAAUGCGACGUAAGCUGCAAUUUCACGUUUCUAUUGUGAGCCUCGAAAAAAAUUGAAAGUUGAACUUUAACCCGUAUAUUUCGGUUUUAUCGUCCCCUGUAUAUUUUUAUAUUAUAAAUUUCAGUCUUCUACGUAUCACAUGUGUAUAACAGUGCAUUGCUGUUCUCUACUGCAUUUCCACUUUUAACAUCUCGCAUUUCCAGGAGCUGCGGCUUCCAUCGCAACUUUCGUUAAGAGCAACUUAUUACGAAUGAUCACCAACGAGGAGCUGGCACGGAGAAUGGAUGACAUCUCUGAGAGCUUCUCGUCGACUUUGCACUCCCUGGCGCAGCAGGACAAGACUUUGAGCAAGAUAGCGACGAUCGUUAGAAACGCGACGAAGAAACAGCUGCAGUCCCGCCAUCCUCGCGCGAUUGUCACGUGCCUGUUGAAGAUCCUGUUGCACUACGAGGGCGUGAUGCACAUGAAUGGGUUCUGCGAGUGGAAACGUCGACGGAAGUUCAGGGUCGCCCGGGAUUGCUAUCACACCCUGCUGAGAAGCUACCUGCCGGAGAAGUCGCAUGAGGUCGUGGAGACGAUCGUGGAGGCCGUUUAUCACGAGCAGCUCUGGAAAUUCGAGACAUUCUGCUUCGAGGUGAUGUACAGCCUGCUGGACGUCAGUCCCGUCAGCGUCGGGCUGGUCAUCCACGAGAUCUGGAGCAAGCUAACGUCGCCGGAGAUCGGCGUCGAGGACGCCCGCGGCAUCGUCAGGGUGUUGUACGAGCUGCUGGACGUGUACGUGUGGCCGGCGACGCAGGACACGGUGGUGACGAUCGAGGGGAUGCUCGGGCUCUUUCACGCCAGCAUCAUCGCACGUUUGGCAACGGCCUCCGACUUUUCCUCCCCCUCGAGAUCGCCGCCGCCGUCGCCGCUCGCGAGCCUCAAGAAGGGUCUGGAGGUCUGCCUGAGGAACACCAUGAAGCACCUGUCGAACGACCAGCUGCUGGUAGUCGUGCAGCACUUGUGCUCGUGGACGGUGGCCACGGACACGAGCGACGAGUUCGUCCUCGAGUUCGGUAGCACCCUAGAAUUCGCGGCCUACACGCAUCAGGCGGACCUCUACGAGCAGACGCUCACGCCGGCGAUCUUCCCGCUGCUGAUGCGAAUGGUGGGCUCGGACAGUCGGUUGACCAGUCUGCUGGGCAACCGGGUGCUACAGUACCUGCUGGACCGCAAGGACAACUGGGCGAUCUUCGACACGCCCAGGAUCUUCUUCGAGCACACGCGCCUCGACCUGCGUGUCGCGCAGUGCCGCAAGGAGGACCGGCUGUUCUUCAAGCUGCACCGUGAGCUGCUGCACGAUAGCCUGCUAAAGAGUCUGGUGAAUCAUUCGGAUUCGCGGAUGAAUCUCGAGACGACGUACUGCACGGUGUGCCUGAUCGCCGUCGAGGUGCCCUGCGGCUUCAUAGCCGCCGCCCUGGUCUGCCUCGCGAUGAACCUGCAGGAGAUCAUUCUGCAGUGGCAGAACAACCGCGUCGAGGUGGCCUGUCACAUGCACGCUACCAUCAUCUCCGUAAUGUCCCUCAUCUGUUGGAUACACAAGGCCAAGGUGUUUUACAGCUAUGUGAACAGAAUCGUGAUGGAACGGGCGCAAUGGGCGCCGCACCUCAACCCGCCCAUUCAGUCGCAAUAUAAUUUCGCCUUGCACCAUGUCCGCUGGAACAAGCCGGGGUUGUUCUUCGUCGACUGGGAGGCGCGCUACGGCCUCUGGAAGUGCUUCCGUCUCACCGACAGCCAUAACGGCACCUCGUCGAGCGUGUGAUAUUAGAGACUGAACGUGAUUUCUGAAACGAAUCAGGAUUUCAAAGGUCUCUCUUGACUCUGGUACACUUUGAACGAAGAAAGAUUCAUGGAAAGAUAAAAAAACUCAUCGUGGCCAGCCUAAAUAUAGAUUGGAGAAAGAAUGAAGAAUUAUAUCUCGUGCUAUAAAUGGAUCAUUAAUAGAGGCUUUAUUGUGUAAUAGCGUUAUAAUUUAUAAAAUGGGAAUGUUUUUCAAAAAGUCGACCAAACUGGCAAGAAAGUGAUCUUUAUUUAGUUCACAACGUUUCGACCUCUUAAUCGGGUCGUCUUCAAGUGUGGUCUACGAACAAUCAAAGUAAUUGAGCCGCGAUGUAAAAAAGAAACAAAGGAAACACAUUUACAUUUUACUUAACUUACUAAUCACACUGUCUAAUUAUUUUACCUAAUUUCUAACAACCAGUACCCAUUUUCACCAAUAAUUCCAGGUUUGACAAUAUGAAUCUGCAAGACUCACGCACUCACUCAGCUGUUUCGGUUAAACAAAUUACGCUCCGACAACUAUAGGUACUUUCACCUUUAUACAUCACCAUGCUAAAAAAUAGACGUUCCUUUUGCUUUUUUAAGAUCGCGGCUCAAUUACUUUGAUUGUCUGUAGACCACACUCGAAAAGGACCCGAUUAAGAGGUCGAAAUGUUGUGAACUAAAUAAGGAUCUUGCCAGUUUGGUCGACUUUUUGAAAAAUAUUCCCAUUUUUUAAUUAGGAUUCACUUCAAAAUUAUAAUUUCUUUGGAGCCAAUCAUUUUUCAUUCCACUUCCCAUACAGCACCGAAGCUUUCAGAAAACAAAUUGUUGCAAUGUUUCUGAAAUGUUUCC